CCUCCAGCUGCAGCUGCAUGGGGAGGCCCUUCAACCAACACGGACCAAGAUGAAAUGCAAGAAAGAUCUGCUUGCGUCGCGCUCUCCCGUAAGUCGCAGAUUCUACCGUCUGUUCCGUUAGCUCAGCUGGUAGAGUGUGCGACUUUUACGGAACGCGUCUCCUAAUACCGAAUGCAAUCGCAUGGUCACGGGUUCGAACCCCGUACGGAGCUAUUGCGGACGCGACAGAACGUCACAUCCUCAGUCUUUCACCGCCUUCUGCUGGGACGCAUCAGAUCUCUGAGUCAGAACACCCACUCUCAGAUCUCGCAUCCAAACACGUACGACAGAAGGUGAGCCCAGACAGAUACGAGCCAUGCAUCUGCCGCUCUCUCUCACCCCGUCUGUCCGUCUGUGCUUCAUCUGUCAGUCAACAACUGUUUGAGGAAGCAAUGUGUGUGACGUGUGAGGAGUGUGGCGCCUUCUGCAGCGCGACAGCUUGCCUGACCCUGGUUAUACUGCUCCUCGCCAACUGGGGCAUGGUUCUGGUCCGUGUCGACGAGAUUGGCGACAGCCACAGUGCGGCGCUGAAGCUGGUGGUGGCCAACGAGGAGCUCAUGUGGUCGCACAUGAAGGCCGACCUGAUGGACGACAUGGCUAAGAACACCACGGCGAUAGCUGGUGAUGUGGCUGACAUCGAGGCAAUGGCGGGCAACAUGGCGCUGCUCAAGCAUACGCUCCACCUGCGAGGCAGCAACAAGACUGACAACCAUCCCGCUGUCCCGCCUGCCGGCAACAGCAACAGCAACACCACCGACGUGAUCAUUGACAAGCCAACCAACAGCACGACGACCACCAACAGCGCCGAGAUGAUAGCUGCCCGUGCUGUGCAAACUGACCUUGCCAUAACGACGUAGGUAACCUUCUUCUGCUGCCUGCCACAGUGAGUGAUUUCACGUCAUUUGUCUUUGCCUAUGGGCACAUAAGUAAGUGGCUUGGUGCACUGUACAUGUACUGGAUGCCUCGAUACUGUGUGUGUUGAGAGUGCGUGCGCGCGUGUGUCUUGAGGGUGCGUGUGUGUGUGUGUGAAGGUGUGUGAGAGGGUGAAGCAGUUGUCGUCGGCUGCGUCACUUUUUCCUCGUCAGUAAGUUUUCAUCUGGCCUGUCUGGCCGCCAUUCUCUCCUUGAGACAGAGCGUGUUGGUGUAGUGUAUUUCUACGUAGAGAGAGACUGGGCAUGCUGUUCUCGACGAUAGGUGGCUAGGCUCCAGUAGGUAGAUGGAUGGAUGCCCUGAGUGUUGGUUGCGUGGAGAGAGAGAGAGAGAUGCUUUGCUGUGGGGUGAUGAGAACUCGACGAGACGAACAAACAUGAGGAAGAUGUCC